AUGGCUAGGCUUUAUCGGGCUGGGGCAAGGAAAUUCCUUGUAAUCGAUAUUCCAGCAGUAGGAUGUGAUCCUUAUUUCACAUAUACAAAUAAUGGUGAAUGUUCGGACACCAUGAACCAGCUAUUUGUGGCAUAUAACACUGGUUUGAAGUCGCAUGUGACUCACCUUAGCGAAAAGCUGCCUGGGUUAACCAUUAUUCAAUAUAAAACUUAUGACUCUCUCUUGAACAUAAUUCAAAAUGGUGAAGCCUAUGGCUUCAAAGAUACAAAGUCAGCAUGUUGUGGAUCGGGAUUGUUUAAUGCAGAAGUACUCUGUGGAAGGACGACUCCACAGGAUUUGUUCUGCAAUGAUACAAAUGCAUAUGUGUUCUGGGAUAGGGUACAUCAAACUGAAAAGGUUUAUUACAUGUUUUCACAGCAGAUUUGGAGUGGAAAUUCUUCUGUUAUCUACCCAUUUAAUCUUUCUACACUGGUCUCAGGGAAGAAGGCUUCUGGUUUCUAG